UAAUAAAACACCUGCCGCUAAUAAACACAAUUGUCUUCUAUCCUUUCACCUCCACCGCCGCCGCCGCCGCCGCUGUAUAUCUCCGGCGUCAGGUCACAGCCUCAAACGACAACGUUUUACGCAUCUCAACAAUCUCUCAUGGCCAGCAUUAUCGUCCCUCCUUCCUCUUCACAAUCUUCCGUCAUUCAAAUCAACGCCAAAAACACAUCUCUCUCACCUCAUCCUCACCAAAAGACUCUAGCUUUUCCAAUUCUCUCCAGCUCCGGAGGCUCUGCUCUCAGAAUCAGAAGUGAAAAAUUGCUCAAAAGGACGGCGUUUGCUAUAUCGCAGAAUAGUUCCGCUACUUGUGUUGAAUUAUCGGAUACUAAUAAACGGACUAAGAGUCCAAUUAUUGUUAUUGAUAAUUACGAUAGCUUCACUUAUAAUCUUUGUCAGUAUAUGGGAGAGCUUGGAUGCAAUUUCGAGGUUUAUCGAAACGACGAGCUUACCGUGGACGAACUGAAAAAGAAAAAUCCAAGGGGAAUACUAAUAUCGCCUGGACCUGGUGCACCUCAAGAUUCAGGGAUAUCAUUGCAAACUGUACUGGAGCUUGGACCAACUGUACCGUUAUUUGGUGUUUGCAUGGGUUUGCAAUGCAUUGGAGAGGCUUUUGGAGGUAAAAUUGUUCGUGCUCCAUAUGGUGUUAUGCAUGGGAAAAGCUCCCCUGUGUAUUAUAAUGAAGGUGGGGAAGACGGCUUAUUUGCUGGGCUAUCAAACCCAUUCACAGCUGGUAGAUACCACAGUCUUGUAAUAGACAAGGAUACUUUCCCCAAAGACGCUCUUGAGAUAACUGCAUGGACAGAAGAUGGUCUUAUUAUGGCUGCUCGUCACAAAGUUUAUCGACAUCUACAGGGGGUGCAAUUCCAUCCUGAAAGCAUCAUCACAACUGAAGGCAAGACAAUAGUUCGUAAUUUUGUCAAAUUGAUUGAGAGGAAGGAAGAAGAAAAAUCUCAAGACUAGACCAUGUUUACUUGUACAAUAUUGUGAUAUUUCCUCAGUAACCAACACCUUUUUCUAUGUUGUAACUAGGAAAGGUAAUUUAUAAGAGCAUGUUUGGAAAGCCACCUUGGAAUUGGA